GUCCCCUGCGGAGGGCGCGGUCUGAGUUUUCUGUCUCUCUACCCCGCUCUGUUUUGUGUCUCUGGGUGUCUGUGUUUCUCGGUCACUAUUUCUGUCUCUGUACUUUUCUGUGUGUGUCUCCUGUACCCUGUACGUCUCGAUGUCUGUCUCUCUCUGCAACCCUCUGCCUGUCUCUGUCUUAGUCCCUAGGUCUCUAUCUCUCCAAAUUUCCGUCUCUGUGUCCCUAUCUCUCUCUGCCUCUGUCUCUCCCUGCGUCUCUCUCUCCCUCUCUGAAUUUCUGUGUCCCAGUCCAUCUUCAAUGAUCUCCCUCUAGCUCCCUCCACCUUUCUGUGUCUCUUUCCCACGUCUGCAUGCCUAGCCGGACAGCGGGGGCGCCUUGCCCUCAGGGUUUCCACAGCCGCCUACGGCUUUGGCGCCGGCAGGGUGGGCAGCUCGGCGGGCCGCGGGCGCCCCCGUGUGGCCCGCAGGGGGCUGUAAGGAGAGGACAGCAGGCAGAGUGCGCGCGCCCGCAUGGGUGUGCCUGGUACAGAGCACUGUGGCCGCCCGUGGGUGACACCGGGAGGUAGUGUGUGACGCCAAGAGACUCACUGUGUGAGUGUGUACUACUUGAGAUCGCGCGUGACGCCAGAGGUUGUGUGUGGCUGUGUGACCUUGUGAGAUUUUCUGUGACAACCAGAAACAGAGUUUCACUGUGUGAAAUCGUGUUACACCGAGACGUUGUGUGUGACAGUGUAUGUGAGGUGACCGAGAUGACCUAUAGGUGACUGCGUGUGACACCGUGAGGUUGGGUGUCCCUGAGACACUAUUUGGGGGAUGUUUGUGGCAUCGAGAAACCAUACGUGAGCAAGAGAUCGUGUGUGACACUGUGCAACAUGGUGAGGACAGGAGAGUUGUGUGUGUCACACGGGCAGAUGGUGUGUGAGAGAGGGCGAGAAUGAAUGAGUGUGAUCCACCAGGUAAUGAUGUGAGAAGCAGUGUGAGAGGCCCCGGGGGCGGGGGAGCUGGGUGUGAGAGUGACCAUGUGAGUGUGAGACAGGAUGUUUCAGCCACACUGAUGACGUAGGAGAAGCUGGGUGGGACUGUGUGUAACACGGAUCAUGUGGGACCCUGAGACUGGCCCAGUGUCAGGACAGUGCAUUAGAGCGUGUUCAACCGUCCUGGGCACUCAGAUGGGUGUACAAGAGAAACCUCGUGUGUGUAAGUGUACGUGUGUGACACCAGGAGAUUGCGGUGUGAGGGCGACAGCUGUGUGUGACACACUGUGUAAGGCUCGGCAUGACAUCUUGAGAGAUUGUGUGCGAUCCUGUGCGGAGCUGUGUGUGUAUGCUUGACACUCUCGAGUUGUGUAAGAUGUCACCAGUGAGGAUGGGCCAGACUCGGAGAGCCUGUGAGGGGCCGUGUGACAUUUUGAGAGGCUGUGUGACUGUGGCGCUCUGGGAGGUUGUGUGUUGAGCACAGCUGGUUCAGGAGACCGUGUGCAGCACCGUGUGACACAGCGUGAUAUUGUUCGUUUCUCUGCCAGGGACGCCAUGUCCAACAACAUGGCCAAGAUAGCGGAGGCCCGGAAGACGGUGGAACAGCUGAAGCUGGAGGUGAACAUCGACCGUAUGAAGGUGUCACAGGCGGCGGCCGAACUCCUGGCCUUCUGCGAGACUCAUGCCAAAGACGACCCGUUGGUGACGCCGGUACCCGCCGCAGAGAACCCCUUCCGCGACAAGCGCCUCUUCUGCGUCCUGCUCUGAGCCCUCCCGACAGCUUACCCUCCCCUGUCAAAGUAUGAAUCCAAUAAACGUGGUGACUGUG